AUGUUUAAUCGAAAAAAACAUCUAACCGAAUCAUUAUCAUCAAUAUUUUUUCUAUCAAUGAUUUUUAUUGUAUUUUUAUUCGAAGUAUUCAUUAUACGGCCAUAUUUAUUGGAAAAUGAUCAAUCAAAAAAUUCAAUUAUGAUUAUUAAUUUUCAUUUAUUAAUGGCUAUAAUUAUAUUUAUAAAUACAUGUUUAAAUCUUUAUUUGGUUAUUAAUACGGAUACAUCGAUUGAUAGUAUUGUAAAUUCAAAUAUCAACAACACUAAUACCAUCAACAAUACAACAGCAUUACCAUUAUCAACAUCAUCAUCAUCAUUAUCAUCACAAUGGAAUUAUUGUUAUAUCUGUGAAGCUAAUAUACCACCACGUGCAUUUCAUUGUAAACAAUGUAAUCGUUGUAUAUUACGUCGUGAUCAUCAUUGUGUUUUUACUUCCUGCUGUAUUGGUUAUAAAAAUUACAAAUAUUUUAUGGGCCUAUUAUUCAAUGUUGGUUUUGGUUGUAUUUAUGCAAUAUUAAUACAUUGGCAUUAUAUUUGGAUGAAUAUAAAACAUCUUGGUUGGUGGUCAUUAGGUGUACAUUCAGUACCAUUAGGUUUUUAUUUAGCUGGUUGGAUUGAUUUUUGGACAACUUGUUGUAAUAUGAUAUCAAUGUUAUGUAUUGUUGGUGCUAUAUUUGCAACCGGUUUAUUUAUCUAUCAUUUUCAUUUAUUAUGUAUUAAUCAAACAACAUAUGAAAAAGCUAAUCAAAUUAAUGAUUAUAAUCUAAAUGAUUGGCGAAAAAAUCUUUAUGAAACAUUAGGUAAUCGUUGGUUUUUAACAAUAUUUUUAUCACCAUUAAUUAAAACAAAUCUACCUGGUGAUGGUAUAAAAUUUAUAACAAACAGGGAAAAAUAUUUACAAAAUAAACAAAUUUAAAUUUUAAAAUAGAAAUUUUUAUUA